AUGCUGUCUAUUCUAAGAAAUUCAGUGAGACUGAAUUCAAGGGUUCUUAGAACUUUGCCAUCUACCACUGGUACUCUGGUGGUGGCUCAAGUAUCCAAGAGACUUUUGACAAGCUCUCCGGCUUUUUUACAAAAGGAGACAAAGGACGAAAAGCCCAAAUCCAUUCUUACAGAUGAUAUGUUGUUCAAAGCUGGUGUUGAUGUUGAUGAGAACGGUCAAGGCAAGAAUGGAGAAAAGGCAGGAGAAGCAGGAGAGGAGCAAGAAGGUCAGAAUGGGCCCCUGUCCAGAACUGAAAAAUCCAGAAGGAAAAGACAAACCACUACAGAUAUAAAAAGAGAGAAAUAUGCCAAUUGGUUCUAUAUUUUUUCGUUAUCUGCAUUAACAGGCUCUGCGAUAUAUAUGGCAAGGGACUGGGAGCCUCAGGAAUCUGAAGAGUUGAAGAAAGAUAUCGAUAAUGGUUAUUCCUUGUCGCUAAUGUACAAAAGAUUUAGAGCUCGUUUUAACUCAAUGUUCACUUACUUCCAAGAACCACCUUUCCCAGACUUACUACCCCCACCGCCACCACCGCCAUAUCAAAGACCAUUAACCUUAGUCAUCACGUUAGAAGAUUUCCUGGUUCAUUCAGAGUGGUCGCAAAAGUACGGUUGGAGAACCGCUAAGAGACCCGGUGCCGAGUAUUUCCUGGGUUACUUGUCACAGUAUUACGAAAUUGUUUUGUUUUCAUCCAAUUAUAUGAUGUAUUCGGAAAAAACCGCCGAAAAACUGGACCCAAUCCACGCCUUCGUCUCUUAUAACUUAUUCAAGGAACACUGUGUUUACAAAGACGGUGUGCACAUCAAGGAUCUCUCAAAACUGAAGAGAGACUUGAGCAAAGUCAUCAUUAUCGACACAGACCCUAACAGCUACAAACUUCAACCUGAAAAUGCUAUCCCAAUGGACCCAUGGAAUGGCGAAGCCGACGACAAACUGGUCAGAUUGAUUCCAUUCUUGGAGUAUCUGGCCACGCAACAAACCAAGGACGUAAGACCAAUCUUGGACAGUUUCCAAGACAAGAAGAACCUAGCCACUGAAUUCGACCAUCGUGUGAAAAAACUGAAGGACAAGUUUUAUGGAGAUGCUAAGACUGGCGGAAAUUGGGCCAUGAAGGCGCUUGGUGUCGGAAACACCCUAGGCGGCAGUACAACCAAAUUCCCGCUCGAUUUGAUCCAUGAAGAAGGUCAAAAAAACUAUUUGAUGUUCAUGAAGAUGAUUGAAGAGGAAAAGGAAAAGAUCAGAAUACAGCAGGAACAAAUGAGUGGACAGACAAUUACGUUGAAAGACUACGUUGAGGGUAACCUACCCUCUCCCGAAGAACAAAUGAAAAUACAAUUGGAGAAGCAAAAGGAAGUGGAUGCGUUAUUCGAAGAGGCAAAGAGGAAGAAGAAGAAUGCCGAGUCCAAAUGA